AUCAAGCACCUAGGCAUACAGACUGCUUCUACAAACAUUUGUGAAAGAAUGGGUCGCUGUCAGGAGCUCAGUGAAUUCAAGUGUGGCACCGUGAUAGACAAAUUGCACAGGUAGCAACCUAUUUGUGAAAGUUCCAUGCCUCUAAAUAUUCCACGCUCAACUGUUAGUGGUAUUAUAACAAAGUGGAAGCAACUGAGAACAACAGCAACUCAGCCACAAAGUGAUAGGCCAUGGAAAAUAACAGAGCGGGGUCAGCGCAUGCUGAAGCACACAGUGCGCAGAAGUAGCCAACUGUCUGCAGAGUCAAUAGCUAAAGACCUCCAAACUUUGUGUGGCCUUCAGAUUAGCAUGACAGUUCAUAGUAGAGAGCUUCAUGGAAUGGGUCCAAUGCAAAGCGUCAGAUGCAGUGGUGUAAAGCACAUCACCACUGGACUCUAGAGCAGUGGAGACAUGUUCUCUGAAGUUGCCGGUAGAACGUUAUUUGCCUGACUGCAUUGUGCCAAGUGUAGAGCUU